CGCAGUAGCCGGAAGCGGGUUGGUGCGUGCUUGUUUGCACUAAUAUUUCUUUUCUGUCACAUCUGCGAUUACAAGCUGUUAUUGCAAGGAUACGUGAUCCAUGACGGCUUGUCCCAGCCAUGGCUAUUGUGUCAUGGAAGGAGGUUUUACUUCUGACUGGACUGGUGCUGGGAUGUUACUGGAACAGUCUGUCGUGUGGGUUUGUAUUUGACGACGUCUCAGCCAUCCUUGACAACAAGGACCUAAGGCCGUCGACCCCUGUAAGGAAUCUCUUCCUGAAUGACUUUUGGGGAACUCCCAUGGCAGAGGAGCGCAGUCAUAAAUCCUACCGGCCUCUGACGGUGCUCACCUUCCGACUCAACUACCUUUUGAGUGAACUGAAUGCCGCCUCCUACCAUAUGUUCAACGUCGUGCUCCACAUUAUCGUCUGCACACUUUUCCUGCGCGUGUGUCGCUUGUUCCUGGACAGGACGUCCGGCUUGGUGGCGGCGCUGCUCUUUGCCGUGCACCCCGUCCACACGGAAGCUGUGACGGGCGUGGUUGGCAGAGCUGAACUCUUGUCUUCAAUCUUCCUCCUGGCCGCGUUCCUGGCCUUCACCAAGUCCACAGGCACAGACCGCUCCAUCGUUUGGGCUCCUGUCGCUCUGACGGUGGUCCUGGUGGCCGCAGCAACCCUGUGCAAAGAGCAGGGCAUCACCGUGGUGGGCAUCUGCUGCGUCUACGAGGUCUUCGUGGCACAAGGGUUCACUUUACCCGUGUUGCUGGACACGCUGCGCCAAGCGCUGCAGGGCAAAGGCGCCUUCCCCUACGGCGUCCUCCAAAUGCUGCUCAAGCUCAUCGUCCUGGUCAUCAGCACGCUGCUGCUCGUCAUCGUCCGCGUGCAGGUCAUCCAGUCCCAGCUGCCCGUCUUCACCAGAUUUGACAACCCGGCAGCCGUGAGCCCCACCCCCACCAGACAGCUGACCUUCAACUACCUACUUCCUGUCAACGCAUGGCUCCUGCUCAACCCCUCCGAGUUGUGCUGCGACUGGACCAUGGGCACCAUCCCGUUGGUGGAGUCCGCCCUGGACCGGCGCAACUUGGCAACCGUGGUCUUCUACGUGCUGGUGGGUCUGCUGGCGUACAGCAGCGUCACGUGCCAGCACAGCUCUGCCAAGACCGUGGUCAUGGCCUUGUCUCUGAUGGUCCUUCCCUUCAUCCCCGCGUCCAACCUCUUCUUCCCCGUGGGAUUCGUGGUGGCAGAGAGAGUUCUUUACGUUCCCAGCAUGGGCUUCUGUGUGCUGGUUGCUCACGGGUUCAAGAUGGCCUCACACACCGGGUUCCUGAAGAAGAUUUCCUGCUUGAUGAUUGGACUCCUGCUCACCACGCACGCGGUCAAGACUUUCAACAGGAAUUGGGACUGGGAGUCGGAAUACACGUUGUUCACGUCGGCUCUGAAGGUCAACAAGAACAACGCCAAGCUGUGGAAUAAUGUCGGCCAUGCGCUGGAGAACCAAAACAAUUACGCCACAGCACUGCGCUAUUUUCUGCAGGCCACCUUUGUGCAGCCAGAUGAUAUCGGUGCGCACAUGAACGUCGGGAGAACCUACAAGAACCUGAACAAGUCCAGAGAGGCAGAAGAUGCCUACUUGGUUGCCAAGUCCCUCAUGCCGCAGGUCAUUCCUGGCAAGAAGUACGCCACACGCGUGGCCCCCAACCACCUCAACGUGUACAUCAACUUGGCCAACCUGAUCCGCGCCAACCAGUCCCGGCUGGAAGAGGCCGACCAACUGUACCGCCAAGCCAUCAGCAUGAGGCCCGACUUCAAGCAGGCGUACAUCAGCAGGGGGGAGCUGCUCCUGAAGAUGAACAAGCUCACGGAGGCGAGGGACGCCUACCUGCGCGCCCUGGACCUGGACGGCACCAACGCCGACCUGUGGUACAACCUGGCCAUCGUCAACAUCGAGAUGAAGGAGCCCUCGGAGGCCCUGAAGAACUUCCAGCACGCUCUGAGUCUCAGCCCCCGACACAAGCUGGCGCUCUUCAACUCCGCCCUCCUCAUGCAGGAGUCAGGCGAGCCCAAGUUCUGGGCGGAGGCCAAGCGUCGGUUCCUGGCCUACGUGGAGGAGGAGCCUGAGGACGCCAAUGGCUACUUCAACCUGGGCAUGUUGGCCAUGGACUCCAAGGAGGACUCGGUGGCAGAGCGCUGGAUGCUGAAAGCCGUCUCCCUCCAGCCCGGCUUCCGCUCGGCCCUCUUCAACCUGGCCUUGCUCUACUCGCAGUCGGAGCGCCAGCCGGACGCGCUGCCCGUGCUGGACGAGCUGCUGAGUCAUCACCCCGAGCACGUCAAGGGUCUGAUCCUGAAGGGCGACAUCCUCAUGAACCACAAGAAGGACACCCGCGGCGCCAAGACCUGCUUCCAGCGCAUCCUGACCAUGGACCCGGGCAACGUGCAGGCCAAACACAACCUGUGCGUGGUCUACUUCGAGGAGCGAGACCUGCCCGGAGCCGAGCGCUGCCUGGAGGAGACGCUGGCCCUGGCGCCCCACGAGGACUACGUCCGCCGCCACCUCGCCAUCGUCAGAGGCAAGAUGGCGGCCAUGAGCGCGGCCGGACAUCCGCCGACUGUCGAGGAGAAACCCUCGCCGACGGAGGAAGAGGUGCGGCAGGAAAGUCCAAACCAGAAGAAUGUGAGGAAAUCCUCGCCAGGAAGCCAGGAGGACGUUGAGCAAUCAGAGCCUGACCAACGGACUAAAGUCCAGACCAGCGACAUCGAACAGAAGCGAGCGGCCGCCUUGAAGAGGCUGGAAGACAUCGAGCGAAUUUUGACCAGCGACUGAUUUGGUUCUUGUCUUUAAGGUCACAUUUAAUUCUUGUC